AUGGCUCGGCGGAACGUGAGAGCCGCCGUUCUCCUCCGGCGGCUUGCCUUGUGGCUGCUCUGCGCGCCCUCGUUCGCACAGGUGCGCAACCUCACGCUCUCCGUUGAGGAGGGUUUGCCCGCCAAAACCAUCGUCGGAGACCUCGGAGCUGGACUGUCGACGCCCAAUACUGGGUUCUUCAUCUCCGAGAGCAGAGACUCCUACGUUUUCCGAGAUCUGGAAAUAGAUGCGGACACCGGCAUAAUAUCCACGGCCCUCGUUCUGGACAGAGAGAGCAGAGAUAAGUAUGAAUUUGUGGCGGCCACGCUCACGGGUGAGAUGAUAAAGGUCAAAAUAGUGGUAAAGGAUGUGAACGACCAUUCCCCUAGAUUUACCUCCGAGAGCGCUGACUUGGAUAUAUCGGAGUUAAGCCCACCCGGAUCUCGGUUUGAACUUGAAGGUGCCAAAGACCAAGAUGAGGGCAGGUUCGCCACCCAGGGCUACCGAAUCACUGAAAGUGAGAUGGGGGAAUUAUUCAAAGUGGAAUACCGCAAUGGAUCAGACAACCCCUUCAACCUGGACCUCAUACUCACCAGCAAACUGGACAGAGAAGUAAGAGACGCUUACACGCUGACCAUCGAAGCGUUCGAUGGGGGCAGCCCAGCUAAGACGGGAAGGCUUCAGGUGAACAUCCAUGUCUUGGAUGAGAAUGACAACCCGCCCACGUUUAGCCAGACAGAAUAUCACGUCGCGGUGUCUGAAGAUGCUCCCAUGAUGUUUGCCGUCUGUCAGGUUCAUGCCACAGACCUUGACCUUGGCGACAAUGGCCUCAUCACCUAUGAGAUAAACAGACGAUCAAGUGACCCGAAUGAGAUUUUUUUCAUCAAUGAAACCACUGGGAUGAUUUACAUCAACAAACCACUCGAUUUUGAGACUCAGUCAUUUCACGAGUUGGUUAUCAGCGCAAGGGACAGUGGCGCUCAACCUGAGUACAGCAGCACCUUUGUGGGUGUGAAGGUACUGGAUGUCAAUGACAACAGCCCAGCGAUCAAUAUCCUCUUUCUCAGUGAGACAGGGGAGGCCGUGGUAUCAGAAGCAGCGGGUAUUGGGGAGUACGUUGCUCGAAUAUCAGUGUCAGACCCUGACCUCAGUGUCGAGGAGGGACUCACAGUCGCUCUUGAGGGUGGUGAUGGCAAAUUCACCUUGAAGCAGACAGAUGAUUUCCUAUAUGCCCUGUGUGUUGAUGGUGAGCUAGAUCGGGAGGAAAGGGACCUGUAUGAGUUAAAGGUGCUAGCUGCUGAUUUCGGGAGCCCACCUCUGAGCAGCAAGGUUACAUUUCUUGUGGUAGUCACAGACAGCAACGACUGUCAGCCACUGUUUGAAAAGGCUGCUUACACCAUUUCCAUAUCUGAAGACAUUCCUCAAGGGAGCUCCCUCAUCCAGAUGCAGGCCAGAGAUGCAGAUGAAGGGGUCAACUCAGAUGUCAGCUAUUCCAUCCUCAAGUCCACUCACCACAGUCUGGUUGGCAUUGAUCCAAGGACGGGCCUGGUCACCACAGCAGCCAUGUUGGACAGGGAGAGAGAGAUGGAGCUGUGGUUCCUGGUGGUUGCGGUGGAUGGAGGAGAGCCAGCUCUGUCGUCCACGGCAACGGUCACUGUGUUGGUCGAGGACAUAAAUGACAACGAGCCUGUGUUCCAACAACAUCUGUACAGUGUUUCCAUCCCAGAGCACACUGACAUCGGAAGCUGCUUUUUGCAAGUAGUUGCCACAGAUGCUGAUAGCCCUGACUUUGGAACACUGCGCUAUUCCUUGUCUGAUGGCUUUGACGAGCAGGAGAGACACCCCCUCUUCCAAAUCAACUCAGAGUCUGGAGAGUUGUGUGUCUCCCAGGAUAUUGACCGAGACGCAGGACAGACAACCCAUGAUAUUCUCGUAAAAGCUGAAGAUCCAGGAGGGCUGAGCGCUCAAACCUAUGUGCACAUUGAGAUAGAAGACCUGAACGAUAACUCCCCAGUGUUCAACCCAGAGCAGUAUGUCACCAGCAUCAGCAGCCAUUCGCAGCCUGGCACAGAAAUCCUCAACGUCAUAGCCACCGACCGAGACUCUGGCCAGUACGGUCAGGUCACCUAUGGGCUCCUUCCUGGUGACCUAUCCACUAUGUUUGCUUUGGAUAAAAAAACAGGAGUGCUCUACCUAACCUCCACUCUGACCCACCUGGGCACUGCCAGCGUGAAGCUCUCAGUAACAGCUCUGGAUAGCGAAGGUCUGACCUCAGCCAAGCCAGCAGAGAUCACCAUCAAUGUUGUUCGUAGUGCUCAGGCACCAGCUGUUUUCCAGAAAUCUCGCUACACCUUCAUUGUGCAGGAGGAUGCACCUCCUGGCAUCUCUGUGGGCAAAGUGGAAGCUGUCAGUCCAGCCAACUCUGUGGAGAACAUAUCCUACCGCAUCUCUUCCGGAGACCCUCAGGGCUUGUUCACGGUCCAUCCUGAGUCUGGCCUGAUCACCAGCAGCAAACCCCUGGACCAUGAAUCCCAGCCAUAUGCCCUGCUGGUUCUUCAGUCCUAUAGUGGCACUUCUCCUGUUUAUAGCAGCACUCAAGUCAACAUUACAAUUGCUGAUGUUAAUGAUAACGCCCCCGUCUUCCCCAAAGUCAAUGACACAUUCACGGUUUCCAAGAGCACACCCCCAGGAACCGUGUUGUUCAUAGCUCAUGCACAUGACUCUGACAGUGGUGCCAAUGGGAGAGUUCAGUAUUACCUAACCCCAAAGGGAAGCAGUGGAGAUGCCAUUUUUGUUGUUGAUCCUAACCUGGGAACAUUGACAUUGAAUCAAAGUUUACACCCAUAUGCUCAGCAGAAGUACAGCUUUGAAAUUGUGGCCAGAGAUGCAGGGGAGCCAUCCCUUAAUUCAUCUUUGACUGUCACAGUCAACAUAGACCACACCACUGCUGAAGACACCCUGGCAUUUGAGACACUGGUCUACCAAGUGGAGAUUGGAGAGGGUUACCGCAAAGAUACAAGGGUCAUCCAGGUCAGGGCACACCAAAGCAGGGGGACUCAUGGAUCCAGCUUAGGCCUUGCUUACUCUUUGGAGCCAGAAUCAGGAUUUCCUCCUCCACCUUUUCGGAUUCAUCCCAAGAGUGGGUGGUUGUAUCUCUCCCAUAGUCUGGAUUAUGAGACAGAGCCCAUGUACCGUUUCAGAGUUCUGGCCACAGCCAGAACUAUGCUAACCAACACCACAGCUACAGCCACUGUAAUAGUAUUGGUGCUGGAUGCCAAUGACAACGCCCCAGUGUUUAGUAGUGAGAUCUUCUACUUCACAGUGUCAGAGGGUCCAUCGCCUCAGGGCCUAGUGGGAACAGUCAAGGCUGUUGAUAAGGACUCCAAGAAAAAUGCUCAGCUAUCUUACAUCCUGCUGUCAGAUGGGAAGUACUUUCGCAUCAAUGCAAAAACAGGUGAGAUAAUCAAUUGGGUGGCGCUGGACAGGGAGCAGCACAGCCAGCACAGUCUGAAAGUGAUGGUGACAGACCAGGGUCACCCUCGUCUCAAUGCCACCACCACUGUCCACAUCCUCGUCACUGACAUCAACGACAACCCUCCUCAGUUCACCCAUUUGCCUGCGACCAAAGAGCUUAAUGUUCAGAUGUGGGCCGGCCUACCAGCAGGAUCCUUGGUGGCCAGCAUGUUUGCUAAAGACCUCGAUGCUGGAGAAAAUGGAACUGUUACCUUCUCUUUGAUCACAGGUGAGUCUGACCGGUACGGCCUGAGACACUUUGAGAUUGAUAGUCAAAAUGGAGACAUCAGAACAACGCUGCAUUUCUCCCAGAACAUCAGAACAUACUACACUUUGAAUGUAGUUGCUAAGGACAGUGGACUCACACCUCUGGAGGAGACUGCAGUCAUUCAUGUACAGGUUCUUGGAGCUGAAGUUCAGUUCGGCAGCUCUGAAAACCAAAUUGUGAGACGCUUCUCGGUGAGGGAGGACACCAAGCCCGCAACUGUCAUUGGCUCUGCUGGCAUCUCAGGAAGUGAGGGUUUCCAGUAUUCCAUCACUGAGGGGGAUGGCAAUAUUCACUUUGGCAUCGACAUCUCAUCUGGUAACAUAUAUGUCAACCAGCCACUGGACUACGAGUCAGCCACACAGUACUUCUUAGUGGUACGUGCUGAAGAUGUAGGACUCUCAUCUGGAAUGAAUGUGUCUGUGUUUGUCAGCGUGAUUGUGGAGGACGUAAAUGACCACACACCCUGGUUCCCUGAUAAACUGGUUACAUUUGGUUUGCGGGAGGACUUUCCAGUUGGAGCACUGGCGUUUGCAUUUCAUGCCAAGGAUGCUGAUGGGAGCUUGGCCAACAGUGCCCUCAGCUAUGCCCUAAGUUUUGAUUCUGAACAGGGGUCGUCUGGGUCACCCUCACCAUUCCCCUUUCAAAUCAACUCUCGCACAGGAAGCCUUACUGUAGCAGCGCCCUUGGACCGUGAGUCCUCCCCGAGUUUUGCCUUCAUCGUAACCGCCACUGACCAAGCAAAGAGAACAGUGGACCGUAAACAAACGUCUGUGACAGCUCAGGUCUUCCUGCUGGACGUGAACGAUAACUGCCCGGUGUUCACAUCAUCUGCCGCAGUGCAUGUGGCAGAGGAUGCAGAGGUGGGAAGUCUGCUGCACCACGUGGUGACUUCAGACACAGAUCUGGGUGAAAAUGGCCUGGUCUCCUACAUCAUUGUGCAAGGAAGCCAAGAAGGACUCUUCAUACUGGAGGAGAAAACAGGACUCCUGUAUCUCUCAGCUCCUCUGGACUAUGAGACCCAAACGACCCACCUCCUCACCAUCCAGGCUGUGGACCAUGGCCUGCCCUGCCUCUCCUCCACCCAGACUCUGACGGUUGUGGUGGGCGACGUGAAUGAUCAGCCGCCGGUCUUCCAGCAGGCCAUCUACAGUGCCAGUGUGGUAGAAAACAGAGAGCCCGGGGAACCAGUGGUGAGGGUCUCUGCCACAGAUGGGGACUCAGACGAGAACGCUGUGGUGUGGUACAGCCUGCUGCCCGGCCCCGGCUACGAGUUCUUCAGCAUCCACCCUCACACUGGAGUGAUCGCUACUACCGCCCACCUGGACAGAGAGCAGCAUCAACAUUUCACCCUCAGAGUCCAGGGUCGUGACAGCGGCACGCUGCCUCUCUCAGGAACGGCCACGGUGUUGUGCUCAGUGAUGGACGACAAUGACAACCCACCAGAGUUUAUGCAGGCAUACUUUCAUAUCAGCUUGCCAGAAAACCUGCACCCUGGCGUCAUCCAUACGGUCCAGGCUUCUGACCCAGACUAUGGAGACAACGGCACCAUACACUACUCCAUACCAGGCGAAAACUAUGGUGGUCGUUUCAUCAUCAACGCUCACACAGGCGCUAUCAGCACCACAGAAGCUCUUGAUCGGGAGGACAGGCAGAACUACACGCUCACCAUACAGGCCCGUGACUGUGGCCCUGACCCCCUCAGCGCCUCCACCCAGCUCCAGCUGGUGCUUCUGGACCAGAAUGAUAACAGACCCUCGUUCACUCAUAACGACUAUUGUGCAUCCAUCAGUGAGGGGCUACCUGCAGGAACUGUGGUCCUUCAUGUUAGUGCGUUGGACCCCGAUGAUGGGCUCAAUGGAGAAGUAACCUACUCCCUCACAGAGGACAGUAGCCAGGGGGCCUUCUCAGUGGAUGCUUCUACAGGUGUUAUCCACACCACCCGCCCUCUGGACAGGGAGAGCAGGGCUCAGUACACCUUUAAAGCUGUAGCUACUGAUGGCUGCACAAGGGGACCACAAAGCUCCGUGGCCUUGGUGACCAUAGAGGUAGAGGACGUGAAUGACAACAUGCCAGCUUGCAGCCAGAACGUCAUCAACACAUGGAUAACCAUGAGGACUCUGCCCAACCAAGUAGUUGCAACCGUGACCGCAACAGAUGGUGACCGCGGUGAAAAUGGGACGGUGCAGUUUAGUCUGUCCGAGGACGACGGUGUUUUUGAUCUCAAUGGUACGUCAGGGGAGAUUUUACUGAGAAGGCGGCUGAGAGCAGAUUUCUCUGGGAGGAAGUUGCAGGUUCUGGUGGAAGACCGAGGAGUGCCAGCUCUAACCUCCACCUGCCUGGUCUUCAUCCACCUGAAGGGAGAACUGGAACGCCUGCGAUUCACAAGCGGAGACUACAAUGCUUCCGUCAGUGAGAACAGCAGAGCUGGCACAUGGAUUACAAAAGUUGACGCCCACGACCAAACCACAAGUGGACGGAGGGUUGCGUAUAGCAUUUUCAGUGGCAACGAGAGAGGAAUUUUCACUAUAAACCGACACACGGGUGAAAUCGCUGUGCAGAAACAUGACUCUCUGGACUUCGAGGAGAGCCGUCAGGUCGAGUUGGUCGUGCUGGCUGAUGAUGGCCUGCAGACGGCCCACUGCAGGGUCUCCAUCAGCCUGCAGGACGUCAAUGACAAUGCUCCAGUGUUUGAACGCGGCUAUUACACAACAGCUGUUUGGGAAGGGCACGUGCACAACACCGACAUAAUGCAGGUGUUCGCAUCGGAUGCUGACAGUGGGCUGAACGGGCAGAUUGACUACUCCAUUGUGUCUGGUGACCAUAACGAUGCAUUCACCUUGGACUCUGUGCAUGGGAUCCUCACUACCAACGUGGUGCUGGACCGUGAGAUCACCUCCUCGUACAAGCUGGUGCUGCGGGCCACGGACAGGGGGAGCCCUCCCCUCAGCAGCACUGCCACCGUGAGGGUCCAAGUGGUGGACGUAAAUGAUAACAGCCCUUCCAUUCCGCCGAUGGAGCCUGUGGUUGUGGCAGAGAAUCUGCCUGCGGGACACAUGGUGACCCAGGUGAUCGCCAAUGAUGUGGAUCUCAGCUCGGCCAUUACCUACAGCUUUGCAGAGAACACUGACAAUUGCUUCGCGAUUGACUGCUACACUGGUGUGGUAACGCUGACAUGUUCGUUGGACCAUGAGUGGCAGACGGAGCACACUCUGAGGAUUUUGGCAUCUGACUCCCUCCAUCAGACCACAGGGGAGGUUAAAGUUAAAGUGCUGGAUGUCAAUGACAACGCUCCCGUCUUCACUCGGGUCUCUUAUCAGGUGGAACUGUCGGAGCUGGCCCCAGCUGACACACAAGUCAUGUCUGUGUCAGCUACUGACAGAGAUUCUGGCCUCAACGGCAAAGUGACCUACAGACUGCUGUCACCUCCUUUUCAGGGCUUUUACAUCAUUCCGGAUAAUGGAUCCGUGUUCAUCAACAAGCCCCUAAACAUCAUCACCGGCAGCAACCUGAUCCAGCUUUUGGUUGAGGCCAGAGAUGGGGGAGAUCCCAUACGUUCUACUGUCACGUCCAUAGAUGUGGAGAUUCUGGACACCAAUGACCAUGCACCUCUCUUUCAGCAAGACAGCUACACGCUCACUGUCCCGGAGGACACCUCCAUAGGCACAAACCUAUUGACCUUCUCUGUAGAGGACCAAGACUGGGCCCCUGAAAAUACCCACUUAGACUAUGCUAUCAUCAGGGGAAAUGAGGAGAGGCGGUUUUGUCUGGAAGUGAAUAUGGUUCAAAUUAAGAGCCAGCAAAGGCAUAUAGGAAAACUUGUUCUGUGUAACCCUUUGGAUCGUGAAACCAGAGAGAACUACACACUAACAGUGAGGGUUUCUGAUCGAGGAGUACCCCCACUUAACAGCUCCACACUGGUUAUGGUGACUGUAACAGAUGUCAAUGACAAUGCUCCUGUUUUUUCAAGUGCAGAGUACUAUGCCCAGGUGAGCGAGAACAGUUUAGCAGGCACCUGGUUAGUCCAGGUCAGUGCUCAUGACCCAGAUCUAGGCAUCAAUAGCCUACUGCGAUACGACAUAAUCUCAGAGAGCAGUGGAAGUCACCUCAAGUUGAACCGCCAGUCUGGCCUAUUGAUGGUCAACCACUCUCUUGACUAUGAGGAAUGCUCGAAGUAUACCCUGACCAUCAAGGCAUCUGAUGGUGGAGACUCAUCUGAAGACCGAAAAGUGGCUUUUACUGUGGUCUACAUCACAGUGUUGGAUGAGAAUGAUAAUACUCCCUAUUUUAUGUUCCCCAUAGUUAACUGUUCUGUGUCGGAGAACCUUCCAGCCUUUACCCCGGCCUGUUCAGUCCAUGCAGUUGACAAUGACUUGGGGCCCUACGGCCAGCUCACCUACUCCAUUAUCUCCUCUUGUUUCAUGGACUACGGCAGUGGAAACCCUGACAAGAAGGAGGCCUUUGCCAUUGACCCCCUCACAGGCGACAUCUAUACCAGGCAGACUUUUGAUUAUGAGCGCGAGAGUGAAUACUGCUUUAUGGUGGAGGCCAGGGAUAAAGGUAACAAAGCAGCUACACUGCGAGUUCAAGUGGCCAUCAAGGGAGUGGAUGAGUUCAGCCCUGUCUUCACCCAGAGAGAGUACCACUUCGUCCUGCCUGAGAAUGCCAAAUCAGGGCAGACAGUUGGCUAUGUGAUGGCCAUGGACCAUGAUGGAGGAGUGGAUGGAUUGGUUGAGUAUUCCCUGAUAAAACGCUCACCAUUUUUCGCCAUUAACAAAACAAUUGGUGCCAUCUUUGUAUCAGGCCCUGUGUAUCGCAGAAGGGGUAGCCAUGCCACAGAAAACAUUGUGGAGCUGGCAGUAUCUGCAGGCAGUCCCAGAUUAGACUCCAGGACCACUACCUGUGUGGUGUCCAUCAACAUCUCCAGCUCAGCAGAGGCGCUUGUCAGUGUGCCCCUCAACGUUCACAUGCUCAGUCUGGGUGUGUCACUGAUAAUGUUUCUUCUCCUUCUCCUCAUUUUUGUGGCCCUGGUUCUUAGAUACAAGAUUAAAGACGCUGCCAUCAAAAAGGCUGCUGCCAUUGCUGUGAAUUUGAACCAUGGAACAGGCUCAUUCGGCAGGUCUAGUAGUCAAUCGCAAAAUGCCUUCUGUCUGCAGGAUUUAAAAUGGCCCAAUAGCGCUUUGAUAAAAAAGGAUAUAUCCAACCCAUACAGGCAAUCAGACUCAAGUGGCCGUGGUUCCGCAGAAGGUGAGACAGCAGAAGACCAGGAGAUCAAAUGGAUUAAUGAGUACCCUUGCCGUAGAAGAGCUGGAUCCAUGCAAAGCAAACAGAUUUCACAGAUCCCAGACAUUCCUAGCGACAAUAUCUCCCACCACUCAGUUGAUGUAGGGCCAGAGCACAUCGCAUCCAUCAACACAGGCCUAGCCAUAGGAAUGACCAGUACAGAGAGCCUCCACCACUUCAAAGAUGAGGGAGGGGGUGAGGGGCUACUCCCUGCAGUGAUUAGGGUGAGUGAUUUGGAGGAGUGCCUGAGGAUGAGAGGAUACAUCCCUCUCUCAAAAAGCCAUGCCUGUGCUGGGUCUCUUUCCUCACUGGUGUGUCCAGAGGAACAGCUCGGUGGUAGUUAUAGCUGGGACUAUCUCCUGGACUGGGAACCAAGCUUCCAGCCGCUGGCCUCCGUCUUUACUGAUAUUGGAAUGCUCCCUGAUGAGGAGCUCCAGGGCGGCCAUGAGGACUUAGCAGCUGAGGCAAGCUGUCUCAUGUACCCGCCGCCUCUUAUAACAGGAGUGGCCCAGCCUGGUAUCAGGACUGUCCCACCACGUAUGCCUACCCUAGACAGGAGGCCUUCUUACCCUAAAUAUGCCUAUUCUCCCUUGGCCAGGAACACAGGACUCACUCCCACAGCAAUGACCCCCAAUUUCUCCCCAUCACUGUCUUUACUCACCAUCCGAACCCCCAGUGCCUCACCAGUUAUCUCCGAGACUGGCGUUGGGGGUAUCAGACUAGAUUCAGGACCUCUAACUGCAAGCCUCUUGGAGUCGGAAAUACAGCUAUAGAUUGUGGCGGGAAGCACUGUAUUGUUUCAUCAUUCAGUACUCCAUUACAUUCGUCGUCUGUAUAUUUGAAAAUGUAUUGGUUGUAGUCUUAACAAUUUAUCCUGGUGAUCAUCUCGGCGUUUAGCAAAGUUCAACGUUUUCAAGGA